AUGGAUGCGGGCCUUAGGAAGGUGGAAAAACGAAAUCGGCCGCCUGUUUCCUGCGAGCCAUGUCGGACUCGAAAACUGAAGUGUAAUCGCGGUUUGCCAUGCGAUGCCUGCAAGAGGAGAGACAAGUCUUCACUUUGUAACUAUACGGCCAAUGCCAGUCGAAGCAAACCUGGACCCUCCAAACCGCGCGAUAUAAAAGACAGACUGAACGCCCUUGAGAAUUUAGUGUCUUCCUUUCUGUCUGGCGACGCGGUCAUCCAACCUGGGCUACUUAGUGAAAGUGAACCCACCAUAGAAGACGGUGAGAUUAUCGCAUCAUCAGCCGAACACGACAAUUGGUCUGCAAAGCAGGGUUCAGCUCUUAGCAGUUCAGAUAGAGCAGAAAAUGUGCUUACCCCAGAAGCCCCUCAUCUUCAGGAGACUGGCGACGGUCAAGUAAACUACAUUGACCCUAGCCAUUGGCUGUCGAUCUUGGACGACAUCAAGGAGGUUCGAGAGCACUUAUCCGUGUCAAAUCAACCUAUAUCACAGAACAAGACACGUUUUGAUAUGGAUCACAUGGUAUCAGACGCCAGUCUUCUAUUUGGCUCAAACCAUAGUUCGAGCCUUGACGACAUUCUAAGCUCGUUGCCAUCUCAACCCAUAUGCGAUAUGCUACUCUCUUGGUAUUUUAAUUCCCGGUUCAUGGUUCUAGGCAUUAUACAUCCAGCCAAAUUUCAAGAUGAGUAUGCAGCAUUCUGGGAGUCACCGUCGACAGCACCGCCGCUUUGGACAGCCCUUCUGUUCUCUGUUCUCAGCAUCACAGCAAGCCUUCGCCGGAUAUCGAACAUAAUAGACCCCGAUGGGUCGAUCCCCUCGAUAAGGGUACUACAACAAAGAGUAGUACAGUGUCUCGUUCUUGGGCGUUAUGCCACCGCUAAUGCACAUGCACUUGAGGCGCUUAUACUCCAUCUCCAGAGUUGUUUUUUGAGCAACGACGCUCUCCCUGUCGAUCUGUGGUUUGAAAUGGGCACCAUUAUUCGAUUAGCAUUUCGCAUGGGUUAUCACCGUGACCCAAGCAGCCUAGCUGGAAUCUCUCCUUUCAACGGCGAGAUGCGGCGACGAGUAUGGCUUAACAUAUUCCAAGUGGAUGCAUUGAUGUCUUUCCAAAUGGGGUUCCCAAGCAUGAUACCAACUGAGUUCUGCGACACUGAGGUCCCGAGAAACUUGGAGUACUCUGAUCUCUAUGUUGACAUGACAGCACUGCCACCAUCGAGGCCUCUUUCUGAGCACACGCCGGUUCUUUACACUAUUGUCAAAGCCGGCGUGAUGGGCGUCUUCAAAAAGAUUGUUGCCCAUACACAGUCGCUCUCAAUUCCGGCUUACGAAAAAACAAUUGUGCUAGAUACUGAAAUGAACCAGGUAUACAGCAUGGUCCCGGACCCCUUGAAGCGACGAGAUGUCAACCGCUCCUUCAUAGACCACUCUUCUCUUAUAUUUCAACGCUGCACAAUAGAGCUCCUUUACCUAAAGGGACUCAUCGUCCUUCACCGACGAUACAUCAGUUAUGAACUACAAAGCCCUAGCUUCGAACCCUCACGGUACGCUUGCGUUGUAGCAGCUCUCGAUAUUCUUUCCCGCCAGGCAGAUCUGCACAAGGCAUGUGAGUCCGGGGGGCGGUUAUACGAGGACCGGUGGAUGAUCUUUUCAUUGCCCGUACAUGAUUUUCUUUUGGCCGCCAUGGUGAUCUGUCUGGAUCUAUCCGUCCGCAUGCGAUCCCCAAGGGGAGCCUCAAGCGAAGUAGGGGAUUAUUCGCAGCUUGCUGGCAGAGAGUACCGAGCCCUCCAGACGUCUCAACGAAUAUGGGCACUUAACAGUGUAGCUUCUCCUGAGGCGCACAUUGCAGCACUCGCCCUUGAUCUGAUGAUCAAAAAGGUGGCAGAGAACGACGUUGGUCUUUUCGCCCUGCAUGAUGUUUCAUCUGUGGACACAGAUCUAGUUGUCGAUUCAGAGCUGCCUUACGCAGAUGCUAUGUCACAGAUGAUCGACGGAUCUGAGAGCAUCGACUGGUUGGAUUGA